AUGGUGAAUGAGUUAAAAAGUAAGCGGAAAGAUGAUAACGUUGGUCUUAAAUUAGAUAUCUCUCAAGCUUUUGAUACGGUUAGCUGGUCUUUUGUCUUGGAGGUGUUUCAUAGAUAUGGUUUUUCAGAAACUUGGUGUUCUUGGAUUUUGACUAUUCUAAGUUCAGCUCGCAUUUCAGUUCUUCUUAAUGGAAGUCUUGAAGGCUUUUUCAGUAUCAAUAGGGGACUUCGUCAAAGCGAUCCUUUGUCUCCUCUUAUAUUUGUGCUGAUAGAAGAUGUUCUUAGCAUAAAUGUCACCAAACUUUUUCACAACAAGAGUAUGACUCCUAUGUUGUCGAAAAAAGGUAUUUCCCCUACUCAUCUUUUUUUCGCUGAUGACGUUAUGAUUUUUUGCAAGGGAAAUAUGAGGAGUUUGCAUAGCUUACUCGAUUUACUGGGUAAAUAUCAAGCUUCUUCUGGGCAGACGGUUUGUCGUCAAAAGAGUAAGGUGUAUUAUGGUGGAAAUUCUUUGAGUAGGUGUACUAUGACGGAUUUAUUGGGUAUGGAAGUUUCAACUUUUCCAGGGGACGCUGAAGUGUGUCGUACUGUGGUUGUUGCUUAUAAUAAGGUUUGCAGUCCGGUGCGGGAAGGUGGCUUAGGCAUUACCAAGCUUGUUGUUACCAAUAAGGCUCUUCUUAUGAGGUUGUGGUGGAACAUUCGUUUUUCUAAGAAGAAAUGGGCUCGGUUUCUCUAUGCUAAAUACACUAAUAAGAAGGAUAGAAUUAAGGAGUACGGUGUCAACUCUUCUAUUUUUCCAGGUAUUAAACAAGUCUAUAAAGAGGUGGACAACAACACUAAGGUUUUCCUUAGUGAUGGGCGAGCUACCUCUCUUUAUUUUGAUAUUUGGUAUAGUUAUACUUCAUUUGCUGAAAUUAUUGGUGAAGAUGGUUUAGACAGCAAGGUCAAGGUCAGUGAACUACUUGUUAACGGUGAGUGGGUUAUUCCAGAUUCUCAUAAGCAUAAUUUACUACGUGCUGGCGUUAACUUAGAUGAUCUUCCAAGACCUUUGGGAGGUGAUGAUCGUAGAGUUUGGAUGCCGGAUUUGAAGGGUAAAUUCUCGGUCGGUUCUGCCAAGAAUUUAAUUCGCAAGAAGUAUGCUAAGGAGGAGGUUUAUGAUCUUUUGUGGCGCAAGGUUUGGGACUGGAUAUCUCAUAUUUUUAGUCUAACACCUCAUCUUAAUCUUAUUACUUCUUAUAAGGCUGCUAAAGGGAGGAGUCAAAUCAUUAAGGACCUUUGGCUGGUUACAAAUUUGAUUGUUCGAGCUGAGCUAUGGCUUACUCGCAACAAAAUUGUGUAUGAUAAGAAGUCAACAAACUUGGAAUUAUUCAAGAAGAGAAUUUUUCACCUUGUGCAUGAGCAUUCAGUUCGGAUUAAAAGCUAUAUGCACAACUCCGUAUCUGACUUAUGCAUUCUUAAUUUCUUUAGAGUGGUACAUAGAAGGGUGAAGUCUAUUCAGCCAGUUGAGUGUCAAUGGCAUCCUCCUCCAAGGAAUGUUUUGCUUCUUUGUUGUGAUGGUGCGGCGAGAGACAAUCCAGGGCGUGCAGGUGCUGGUGUUGUUGCUAGAGAUGCGGACUGUAAUGUGGUUGGAGCGAUGAGUAUAGGCCUGAGCAUAACAAAUAAUUACAUGGUAGAGAUUUUUUGGUAUAAUCGUGGGUUUGGAGUGGGCUGUUCAAUGGGGGAUUAA